AUGCCAAAAUUUAUUGCAAGCCAAUUUUUUUGUUACAGUCGCUGGUUUCAUCCAAACAUCUCAAGAAUCGGAGCAGAGAGACUGCUGACCGAGAGGGGAUUUGAUGGUAGCUUUAUAGCUCGUCCCAGCAAGUCCAAUCCGGGAGAUUUUACAUUAUCUGUUCGACGAAAUGGUGAGGUGACACAUAUCAAAAUUCAAAACACUGGCGACUACUAUGAUCUUUAUGGAGGGGAGAAGUUUGCCACGCUAGCUGAAUUGGUGCAGUAUUAUAUGGAAAAGCAGGGACAGCUACGAGAAAAAAAUGGUGAAAUUAUUGAACUAAAGUAUCCUCUUGUCUGUGCGGAUCCCACCACUGAAAGGUGAAUGAAUUUUCAAAUUUUUUUAUUCUAAAGAUAUUUCAGUUUUUGUUGAUAUGUGAAAAUAGUUUAAUUUGGAAAACAAUGAAUAAACAGAUUGUCAUAGGAUCCUAAUCAGAGAUGUUUCUGCAUCUUCUUCAGUUUAUUUUCAGUUAUAUUUUCUAUUGUUAGUAACAUAAUGACAUAAAAGUAGUUAAAGACAAACCUACUGUAUAUAUACAAAUAUAAACAUCCAAACCCAAUAGUUAUAUAUUAAAGUCGAAUGAUUGCCGAAUUAUAUCGAGCUGUAUUACUACUGCUAUUAUUAAUUAAAUGCUAAGUACUUAGGUGCCAUAUCUUAUCUAUUAGUAAUAUAGACUGAUAUAAUUUAGCAAUUGUUUGGCUUUAAGAUAAACCUGUUUUUAAUAUUGAUGAAUCAAUGUAUGUAUUUAUGGUUCCCAAAGCUGAUGUUAGCAUCAUGCACUUUUUAAUGUACAGAUCGGUUAACGAACAGAUCGGAUAACGAACACUUUCGCGAAAGAUUUUUAUGUUCGGACAACGAACACAUGAUCGAAUUAUGAGCACACCAUAGAACAAA